AUGACACUAUUCCGCAAGAAAGACCACAAACAACUGGAUGAGAUCGCCACCCAGCUCUCCGUAUAUGAUGAUCCAUCUAUAGCGCAGUUCUUCACUCCUACUGCUCGGUACGAGAACUUGCACCGCUUCGACCCGGAGGCGAGAUGGACUUGGAGAGAGGAACUAGUGAGGAAUCUGAGUCAGGCCAAUACCGAUAACUUCCUAGAUGACUUGGGUUUAAGCACUGAUGACUACAACUUGGGCAACACAGUCUUCAGACUUGCCUUCCUGUGCGCCGAGCUUCCCUCACAGCUCAUCAGUAAGAAGCUGGCAGCUUCACAAUUCUGGUUGAGCGGAAGACCAUCGUUCCUUUUGUGCCGCGCACUCUUGGGCUUACUCCAGGGCGGAUUCAUUCCAGACGUGAUUCUCUAUCUGUCCUAUUUCUUCAAAGGGACAGAGCUCCCAUUCCGGCUAGCACUCUUCUGGACGUCUCUGCGCGUGACAGACAUUGUCGCCCCAAUCUUAGCCUUCGGGCUUCUGCGACUCCGUGGCUACCACGGCUACGAAGGUUGGCGUUGGUUGUUCCUUUUCGAGGGUAUCCUCACGCUCACCAUCGGUAUCUGGUCCUGGUUCAUGAUGGCUCCCUCUCCCACACAAACAAAGUCGUGGUACCGACCCAAGGGCUGGUUUACCGAGCGAGAGGAGGUCAUCAUGGUAAACCGGAUCCUCAGGGACGAUCCCUCCAAGGGAGACAUGCAUAACCGCCAGGCUGUCAGUCUCAAGCUGCUGUGGAAGUCACUCACGGACUUUGACCUCUGGCCGGUAUACAUCCUCGGCCUAUGUUUCCAAAUCCCGACGGGACCGCCUGAUCAGUACUUGACCCUGACGCUCAGAAACCUGGGUUUCGGCACAUUCGAUUCCAAUCUGCUGACGAUACCCACCCAGUUCUUUGGAGCAAUCACGAUGAUGGUCGUGACCUUUUAUUCAGAACGCUACAACGAGAGAGGUCUAAUCGGAGUCCUUUGUCAAUUCUGGGUUCUGCCCAAUAUGAUCGCCUUGGCUGUUCUGCCAAACACAUCUUCAGCAUGGGCUCGUUACGCUAUUUUGACUGUUCUCUUGUCCUUCCCUUCAGGUAUGAUGCGGCCCAUGUCGAAUCUGUGGGUAUAUAAAUCUGACUGCAUUUUAGCUCAUGCCAUGCAAGUUGCUUGGUGCAGUCGCAACUCUAAUACGGUCCGUGCCAGGACGGUCUCAGCUGCCUUCAUGUUUGUGCAGGUCAGUGGGAUAGUGUACUCCAACGUGUACCGCAGUUCUGAUCGACCCUUCUACCGCAAUGCGAAUCGUGCUUUAAUUGGGGUCUGCGUGAUGAACAUUUUCCUCUACCUCUUCACAAAGGGAUAUUAUAUCUGGCGCAACAAGGUCCGUGACCGGGAAUGGAACGCAUUGAGCAAAGAGGAACAGAUACGGUAUCUUUCCACUACAAAAGAUUCCGGAAGCAAAAGACUGGACUUCAGGUUCGCCCAUUGA